UUUCAUAAUUAACUUUGAAACAGUCCCCAGACGGAAACAGCUUCUUCUCACCAAGACGCUUGCAGAAGUUGCCAGUCAUUAAUUUACAUUGGAUAUGAAAGCGUCUUAGGAGUGACAGUAACUGGAGUUGACACGAAGUAUAACUUUAUUUUUCUUUUAUUUUUAAGCGACCAUGGCCACUCCGGGUGUCCUACCAACCUUCCAGAGAUAUGUCAAUGGAGUGCCAAUACCAGUUAGCAGGAAAUCGCUACGAAUGCGUGAAAAAUAUAUCAUUUUACUGGUUUUUGCAACAUUUGGUGUGGUUUGCUUUGGUGCUUUUUUCUUUUUACCAGAUUUGAGAGACAGGGUAAGUGUUCCUGAAAUGAAAAAACAGAUCCAAAUAUUUGGUGAUGACAUAUUCAUGCCAGGGGGACAAAAAGGAGCAUCAGGACAAAUGCGACAUAUGGAUAAUCAUGGCGGUGAUGUUGAUAUUCACAAAGUUGAAGAUAAAGCAAAGCUAGAUAUGAAAAUUGCUGAAGAGUUUGCGAAACAAAAAGCUUUGAAAGAGUUAAGUGAAAAGGCAAAUUUAGCAAAAGAUGAUACCUUGAAAUUUAAGGAGGAAAUAAAAGAAGAUAAAGAUAAGCUGAUAGAACAGCAGCGACAGAGAGAGAUGGAAAUGAAGGAGGAGGCAGAAAAAAAAUUAAAAGAAACAGUUCACAAAGAGCAUGAAGGUGGUGAUGGUACACAAGGAGGUGAACCAUCUGACCCAGAUGUCAAACAGAAAAGAGACAAAAUUAAAGAGAUGAUGAAGUUAUCGUGGGAGAGUUACAAGAAGUUCGCAUGGGGAGCAAAUGAGCUGAGACCUAUCUCAAAACGAGGACACAGUGCCAGUAUAUUUGGUACAUCAAGUCUUGGUGCAACAAUUAUUGAUGCCCUUGAUACGCUGCACAUUAUGGAGAUGAACGAAGAAUUCAAGGAGGCAAGAGACUGGGUUGCCACACAAUUUCAGUUUGAGGGUUCUACAGAAUUGUCAGUGUUUGAAACAAACAUCCGAUUUGUUGGUGGUCUGUUGUCUGCUUAUGCAUUAACUGGAGACAAGAUCUUCAAGGAGAAGGCUGCAGGGAUUGCAGAAAAGUUGUUGCCCGCAUUUAAAACACCAACUGGGAUCCCUCACUCCAUGGUUAACAUAAAAUCAGGUAGCAGUAGAAACUGGGGCUGGGCAUCAGGAGGAGCUUCUAUACUGUCAGAGUUUGGUUCCAUGCAUCUAGAAUUUGUCUAUCUCUCUAAUGUUACAGGAAAUGCUGUGUUUGCCGAGAAGGUUUACAAAAUUAGAGACUUCUUAAAUGAAAUAGAAAAACCAAAUGGGUUAUAUCCAAAUUACCUCAACCCAAGGACUGGCAAAUGGGGACAACACCAUGUUGCUAUAGGUGCAUUAGGAGACAGUUUUUACGAGUAUUUGCUCAAGGCGUGGUUAUUGUCAGGUAAAACUGAUACAACAGCUCGUAAGAUGUAUGAUGAUGCUGUCAAGGCUAUUGAAGAAAAUUUGAUAAAGGUUUCCCCAGGUGGACUAAAAUAUGUUGCAGAAUAUAAGUCUGGUAGAAUAGAAAACAAGAUGGACCAUCUAGGAUGUUUCUGUGGGGGUAUGUUUGCACUAGGGGCCGAAGGAUCACCAGACCCAGAGAAAUAUAAAAAACUAGGGGCUGAUAUCGCCCAUACUUGUCAUGAAUCUUAUGACAGAUCAGAGACCAAGUUGGGACCAGAAGCAUUUAGAUUUGAUGGUAAUACAGAGGCAAAGGCUGUGAGGCAGAAUGAGAAAUAUUACAUUUUACGACCAGAAGUAUUAGAGACACACUUCUACAUGUGGAGACUAACCAAAGAACAGAAAUACAGAGACUGGGCGUGGGAGGCAGUUCAGGCUCUGGAGAGACAUUGCCGUACAGAGAAUGGUUAUUCAGGUAUACGGGAUGUGUACCAGUCACAUCCACAACAAGACGAUGUUCAACAAAGUUUCUUUUUAGCUGAAACAUUAAAGUAUUUAUAUCUUAUAUUCUCGGACGAUGAUUUGAUACCAUUAGAUAAAUGGGUAUUUAAUACAGAAGCCCAUCCUUUACCUGUGGCGGGAACCCAUAAAAUACAGUCUAAACAAGACAGAUGAUGACAUUCUUACCCCACCCACAGCAUUGUGAUCAUCUAGAAAUUUCAAACUUAUAGUAAUAGGCAUUUUUCUUUGCACAAUUUAAUGUAGUUACUUCUUUACAGUUGAUAAGCUGUACAAAAUCUUGUUGCGACACAUUACAUCAGUCAUAAUGGACGUGAAUAUUCAUGAUAAGGUUUAUUUUAUGAUGGUAAAAUGGACUUUUGUGAUGGAGUAUGAAUUUUGUUAAGUUUAAAGUUUUAGUCACUUCAUUUGUUUUUGUUUAUCUGUAAUAGUGAGACUAUCGUGUCAUUUAAUAUUCACCCACCAGUAGACUGGUAAUAAGUCAGAUUCUCAGGUUUUAUAAUUCUUGAUAACAAUAUAAAACAUUUUCUUACAUGCAUUUUACGUAGAUUGUUUUCUUCACAGUUGAAAACAAAACAGCUUAAACAUAGCACUCCGUAGAAAUAUAGAACUCGAUAUUUACCAUGGAUAAAUGGUCUGUAUUUUUUCUAACUAUGGUUUUAAUAGUUGUCAGAUCAUGGUUUAAAUACAAAAAAAAAUUCAGUUAGAAAUGAUGGUAUAUGCUGAACAUUGAAUUGAACGCCAAAGGUGUUCCGUAAUAGAUUGUAGUGCAUGUGUGGACAAGGAACCCAAUUUCUGUUCUUAUAAUAUUAUAUCAUCAAUCACAAAUCAUGAGAGCAUGUAAUUUGAAUGCUGUAAAAUGACAAAAAAAAUGUUUUUUCUCAUGUUUAUGAAGUCGGGGUCCACCCAUUUUGAUUUUUUUCAGUCAUGAAAUUAUGUCAAUUUGGAAAAAAAAAAAUUUGUGCCAACUGUCAAAUCAUGGUUUUUUUUAGUCAAUAAGAAUUUUUAGAUUUUGUUUUGUGAAAAAUUUGAAAUUUUUGCUUUUUGGAAUAAGCCUGUUUAUCAGAAUUUUCUAAAAAAGAAAUGGGAGGAAAAGCCAGAAUGAUACAUGUAAUGUGUUCUGUUGUGGAGAUGCCGUGUUUCAGAUAUGUGUUCACAUGUAUUCAGAUUUAAAGGAUGGGGGAUAAUCCUAAAUGUCCUCCUAUGAUUGAUUGGAAAAAUAAAAUCAUCAUCAUUGCAACAGAUUAUAGCUGUAACUGUGUAAAAUUGAAAAAGGCAGAUACAGAAAUCUUGUAUUGGGAUAAUUACAUACAUGUAUGUAGACAAUCUUGAUAAUUUUAUGUCCAGUAUGGUAUAAUUAAAAGGGUAAAUAUGAAAUGAAUAUUUAUGUGUGAUUUUGACAAGCUGUGAUAUUGUUUAGAUAAAGAUACAUUGCUUGUGACAAUUUCCUUAUAAUUUCUAAAAAAAUUGCACGGUUUAAUUCUCUGCAGAAAUUUUUAAAUUUGAAAAUAAACUUUAUUUUCACUCUGUAGCUAAUGUUGGUCCAGAAUAUUAUCUUUUAGAAUAAACUAAUAAUGCUCAACAUGUAAGUUGAAAACAUAAAUAGAUAAACAUGUUGUCAAUUGUUUUAGAAAGGUUUGAAAUUUCUUACCUUUACUACUUUAUUAGUAAAUAAAUUCAACUAGACAUAAUUAUUUUAACGAGCACAUGUAUAUAAACUUUUUAUCAUGUUUCCUACUUUAUCUAAUUCAGUUAGAGAUAAUGUCUGAUUUAGAGUUUCAAAAUCAAGAUACAUGUACUUAUGGUAGUAUCUUAUGAAAACACCAUUAUUUGAAAUAGAUAAGCACUUAGAAAAUACAGCCUAGCUUCUACUCAGAAUAAAAUGAAAACAAAUAUGUUAUUACAAGUGAUUUAUUGGCAUACUUUAUUUUAUUUCAUAUCACAAAGCCUCAUGUACUUUGAAUAUUAUUAAAUUUUUUUUUCAAGUGCCAGUUAAGUUUGUUAAGGUGUGUAGGGUUUUCUCUCAGCCAGUAAAUUAUUGGUUACCUCAUAAUAUUAAACAGUAAAGUGUAAAUAUGAAGACUUACUGGAUUGUUGUAAUUUGUUCUGAAACUUUGUUUGAGUAGUUAACAGUGCAACAUAUGAACUUUGAAGUUCAACCACCCCAAUUUGAUGCCACAAUUGCUCCAACUGCUCACCCCACCCAACCUCAAAGAAAAUCUUUGGAAAAUUAAUAACUUCUAAUAUGUAAUGUUUAUUGGCUAAAUCAUUUAUUAUAAUGCUAAUUGGCUCAAUUACAGAUGUAAUUUUUCCCCAAUUGAUGUAACAAUACAAAACUGUUAGAACUGCACUGAACUGUUAUUGCUAAAUUUUUGUAAUGUACCUCAUUCUUCUUUGAAGUAGAAUUUUUAGUAAUUCCAGUAUUUAAUUUUAAUACUAAAGCUGGUCAGCACAUUCAAGAGGGUCAGAUUGCAUAGAUGAUUUUGCUGACUUGGCUAUUAUCUGAUGAAAAAGGUCAAUUAUUUUGACCAUUAGUGCUGAAAAGGGUCAAAUAGGAUGCAUUUACAGUAAUCUUGCAUUAUGGCAAUAAUUGGUACAAAAAAAUAUAUAAAAAAUUGUACAUUAUCUCAUGUUGGUUAAUGGCACAUAAAACAUAAUUGUCAUUUAGUGCCAAUUUACCAUGGUAUUUUAUUGUGUAAAUAUUUAGAGUAUAUCAUCAUCACAUAGUAAUAAUAAAUGAUAUAUUGUAUAUGUCAUAAAUUUUUGGAAAAAAAGUCAAUGUAUGAUUGAAUAUACAUUUUUAUAUGUUAUUUAUAUUGGGAAUGAUUUUAAGCUGUUAUAUUAAAUAUGGAAUUAUAAAUGAGUGAUUGUUGAACUAUAUUGCAUGGCUAACCAUGGUAUAAAUGUUGAUAAUGACUUGUCAGGUUAUAGGUCAUGUAAUAAAUGUGUUAUAACAUAGUCAUAUACAGUAUGAGAAUCUUGUCAUUGAAAAUAAUUUGUUAACAUGGAAUAAAAAAGGCUGUUCUAUAUGCAAAUUUUACAGGAAACAGUUUGAGAAAUCUAUGCUGUGAAUGUUUUUGAUGAGGGCUUUAUUAUGACUGGUUUAAGUGGGGGAGGGAAUGAAGAGUAGUUCAGUUGGUGAAAUAUUUUUAAGCAAGUAAUGUUGCAGAUACUGGCUUUUUACAGAAUUAUGAUCCUUUUUAAACUCAGAAAAUUCUACAUUAUCCAGGCUCUUUUUUUAGCAUCAAGCACUGGGAAUAGUUGGGUACACUGUCCUACAGACAACGUUUGUUCUAGAUUACAUUGAAACUUAUUACUGAUUAUUACUUAUUAUUGAAUUAUUACAAUAGACAUAUAGUGGCAAAUUGUCACUGUUACUGAACUUCUCCUUUUUGUAAAAUUUGUGUCUAGACAUAACUGUGAUUAUUUUCUUUGUAACAGAUUAUUUUCAGUCACAUGGUUUACCAAUACUACAUAUUAAGCAUUAUUCAUCAUGUAGAUUAUAGCAUGUGUAUGUAUGUAUGAAUGUGGUAUUAAGGUAAACUGAUUGCUGUAUUAAGUCACUCUAGUCUUAUGUAUUACAUGUUGUAGAUGAAAGUUACAUAUGACAGACAUUUAUUUACAAAUACAUGUACUUAUAUACAUUCUGAUAAGUGAAAACAGCUGAGGUUCCCAUUGUGCCACAAAAACAUAAAGUUGUUUUAGCCUUAUAAUUAUAUUAAAUACUUUACUGUUUCAGACAUGAGUAUUGUUUUAAGAUGAGAGUGUUGUAAAACAAAAUAUCAUGGUAUAAUGUUUAUUUGAUAGUCAACUUUCUCAAUGGUUUCACUAAGUUUUGUUUUAUCUGUGUUUGUACAUGAUGAUUGGUAUUUUUAUUUUGAGAAUUAAUGCACUGGAAACAAACUUCAGUCCAUUGAGUAACAUAUAUUGAAACAACUAUAUUGUGUCUUGUUAGCAUAUGAAAUUGUUUUCUUAGGAUGUAAAAACAUGUUUGAUAAUAUUUUAAAUAUAAACAUCAGCUCAGUCUCAAACUUGUAACAGCCUGGGCAGUGUAGAUAAAUCAGUUUAACUGUUAUAAGAAUAAAUGUUUUGAAAUUCAUUAAAAAUAGGAAUGGAAUGAUUCAAAUUAUGUUGUCCAUUGAUACACCGUGAAUCCACAAUCAUAGGUUAAUAAAUAUUCAGUAACAACCUCAGCAGGUUGUAGGUUGACCUACAUUGCUGAAAUGAAAAAAAGACUAAAUUACCCUUCUUUGAACUUGAAACAGUGCAUAAGUAGUUAAAGAGAUUUCAGUAUUCAACUAGUUAAUUAUAGUCUGUACAGACAACAUGGAUAUGCAAGCUUGUCUGAUUCCAUGUAACAAGCAUAGGGCUGUUUAUAUCAAUGCUGAGGUAACAAAGUAUCUUGAACUUGUUAUCCCUGUGAAAUCAUUUCAUGUAAUGUAUUUUUAUCACAACUUUAAAUUUUUAGACAAUGUCUUUGCUGCAUAUCAUUUUAGAUUUUGUAUUUUUUUUGUAUUAUGAAAUACAUGUAUACAAUAUCCUUGUUUUUGCAUAAAAAAACAUAGACUAAAAAAGGCUGAUAUAAUGUUUCUUGGGGCAAGACUUUAUAUGUAGAAACAGUCAAGAUGUGGUGGCUGUGAUAGUAGAAAUGUAUCAGUUAUGUAUUACUGUUAAAACUUGUCAUAUUGUACAUGGUUUUAUAUUGCUCAUGUGUAGCUCUAGUCACUUGAUACCAGGGCUUUAAGAUGAUCAGAUUCUGAAUUAUCCAUGGAAAUAUAUAUAUUUAUUAAGUCAAGUUCAACUGUGAACAUAGAUAAUCUUUCUGUGACCAUAAACCAUUUGUGAACAUAUACUAUUUAUGAGCAGAGAUCAUCUGUGAACAUAGAUCCUAUGUGAACAUAGAUCAUCUGCGAUAAUAAGCCAUUUGUGAACAUAUACUAUUUAUGAACAGAGAUCAUCUGUGAACAUAGAUCCUAUGUGAACAUAGAUCAUCUGUGAUCAUAAGCCAUUUGUGAACAUAGAUCAUAUGUGAACAUAAACCAUUGUGAACAUAGAGCAUCUGUGAACAUAUACCAUUUGUGAACAUAUAUUAUCUGUGAACAAGGACCAUCUGUGAACAUAGAUCAUCUGUGAACAUAUACCAUUUGUGAACAUAGACUAUUUAUAAAAAUAGAUUAUCUAUGAACAUAGGUCAUCUGCAAACAUUUACUAUUUGUGGACAUAGAUCAUCUGUGAACACAGAACAUUUGUUAACAUAGAUUUUUUGUGAACAUAGACAUUCAUUCUGUGAACAUCAUUGCCAUCAUUCUAUUGUCCAUUUCAGGAUUUGUAUCACAUUUUGAUUUUAAAAUAAGGUCUUAUGUCAACAAAGAUUCCUUACAUGGCUUUCUAACGAAUGGUAUAGACUUUAUAGGCUUUAUAGACAGGUUUGAUCUGUAAGAUGU